AUGCAGAGUCUCCGAGGCGGCGACGGAAAAGGAAAAGCUGGCGACGCAGAAGGGCAAGGCGGCGGGCGGGGGUGGUUAUGUCAGCCGAUUUUCGCAGCGGCUCCAACUCGACGGCCGCAAGGGCAAGGGGAGGCAGAGGCAUUGCAGGACACGCACACCGCGCUCGCCCGCCCACCCACGCCCACGCCCACGCCCACGCCCGACGCCCGACGCCCCUUGCCCCUUGCCCCUUGCCCCUUGCCCCCCGCCCUCUUGGCCGCGACCGCGACGGCUCCCAGCACGAUGAGCGUGUGCCGGCCUGCGACAGGCCUCUUCGCACGGGCGACGUCAGCAGCAGCACCAGCAGCGACGGCGACACGGCGGGCGUUCCACUCGUCGGCGCCCCUCGGAGCGCGCAAGCGGCGGCCGCACUACGCAUCGAUCAAGGCGGAGGACCUCAGGCAGCUGGGCGAGCUCGCGGCGGGCGCGUACCCGCAGUACGACACGGCGGAGACGAGCCUGCUGGCCAAGCAGUACACGCCCGCGCAGAUGGCCGCCAUCCAGGCCGCCGAGGCCGCCAUCGACCGGCGCGACCUCGUCACGCAGGCCUCGCAGCGGACGGACCCGUGGCGGCUGCCGUACGCCGACGACCUGGCCCAGCUGGACCCCGUGACGGACCACGCGGACAAGCUGAGCGCCCGCGACAUCCCCGGCCGCCUGGCCGUGCGCGAGGCCAACGAGGUCGAGCGCGACGAGACCAUCGCCCGCCUCGCCUCGGAGCAGCUCGCCAAGGCCUACCCGCACGGCAUCCCCGAGGGCCGGCUCGACGCGGUGCAGCAGACGCAGCUGCAGGGCGCCAUCGAGGCCGCCCUCACCCAGGCCGCCCUCGACCCCCGCUCCUCGUACACGAGCAAGAACCCGGCCGCGCUCGACGCCCUUGCCGACCCGCGCCACUCCAUCAUCGCGCCCGACCUGCCGCGCCUCGAGAACCGCAUGGCCCGCCAGACGCGCCGCCUGUCGACCGAGGAGGAGGAGGACCCGCGCCAGAAGCGCCUGCUGCAGUACAUGGGCUGGGACAAGCUGAAGCUGAAGAAGAUCCGCACCAAGACGCUCGUCUCCCACAGCGUCACCAACCAGACGCGCAUGGGCAAGAUCCGCAGCAUGUACUACCUGACCAUCGCCGGCAACCAGGACGGCCUGCUCGGCGUCGGCGAGGGCAAGAGCGUCGAGCCCGACGAGGGCCGCAAGCAGAGCAUCAUGUCGGCCAUCCGCAACAUGAAGCCCGUGCCGCGCUACGAGAACCGCACCACCUUUGGCGAUGUCGAGACCAAGGUGGGCGCCACAAAGGUCCAGCUCUUUGCCCGCCCGCCCGGCUUCGGCCUCCGCACCCAGCACCUCAUCUUCGAGCUCGCCCGCGCCGCCGGCCUGCAGGACCUCGCCGCCAAGACCCCGCGCUCGCGCAACAAGAUGAACGUCAUCAAGGCCACCUGGGAGGCUCUGACCAAGCAGCGCCUGCCCGACGAGGUUGCGCGCGCCCGCGGGAAGAAGCUGGUCGAUGUGCGCAAGGUCUACUACGGCGGCAGCGUGCAUUAG